AUGGAAUUUCGACUUUCUAGAGCUGAUAACUCGUUAUUCAUUCGUGGAACAAAGCAUGAUAUCACAUAUGUUGCUGUGUAUGUUGAUGAUAUUCUUGUCACGGGGUCUUCUGAAAAAUAUGUUAACGAGGUUAAGAAGCAGCUACAUGACAGGUUCUCGUUAAAGGAUCUCGGGCUUCUUCACUAUUUUUUGGGCUUUGAAGCUGUUUAUACAUCAACUGGAAUGUUUUUGAGUCAAAAGAAGUAUGUGCAGGAGCUAUUGACCAAGUUUAAUGUUCAUGCUAAACCAGUGGACACACUCUUGCCUAUUACACCCAAGCUGAGUUCAGAAAAUGCAGGAGCUCCAGUCAAUGCUCAACAAUAUCGAAGUGCAAUUGGUGCACUAUUGUAUGUGUGUCAUACUAGACCAGACAUUGCUUUUGCGGUUCACAAGGUAGCACAGUUUAUGCAGUCCCCUUGUGAAGCUCAUUGGACAGGAGUUAAAUGCAUUCUACGUUACCUAAAAGAUUGGGGUAGUGAUACCGAUGAUAGGCGAUCAGUUUCCGGGUAUUGUGUUUACCUAGGCAGUCAUUUGUUGUCAUGGAGUUCACGCAAGCAAAGGUCAGUGUCCCGAUCAACAGUUGAGGCGGAAUAUAGAAUCCUUGUUGAUACAACUACUGAGGUUCUGUGGGUUAAAGCAGUUCUAGAUGAUAUGAAUAUUGAACUGUUUCAAGCUCCGGUUAUAUGGUGUGAUAAUACCAGCACCGUAACCAUGGUUGCUAAUCCAGUCUUGCAUGCUAAAGUUAAACAUGUGGAUCUUGAUGUUCAUUUUGUCAGGGAGAAGGUCAUGAACCAGCAACUAAUAGUCAAUUAUGUUCCUACAAAUUGUCAAAUUACGGAUGUAUUAACCAAGCCAUUAGUUACAACUCGAUUUCAGGAAUUAUGCCAAAAGCUUAAUGUUUUCUCGCUGCAGAGGCUUCAGCUACACAAGAAUCAAGCGGUUAAGCCAGCUUUCCUUUUUUGGGUUAAACUAUCAGUGUUAAUCCAUGAAGGAGGCAAUCAGUGUGGCUAUAUUGACAGAAUCGACCCUGAAAGUUUCAAAGCUUGUGUUCCCCUCGUCACUCACAAUAACUUGGAGUCUUAUAUUCAAACGAAUUGUUGA